CGAUUGGGUACUAUCUCUUCAUCUAUUUUCUGCCCAACGAUGUGAAGGAUCCUGUUAUUCGCCCAUUGGUUGAGCGAGACACUGAAGCUUUGCAAAAAUUGCUUUCUGAAAUCCCUCUUUGGGUUAAAAAUCCAGAUUAUGACCGAGUUGACUGGAUCAACGAGUUCCUGGGGUACAUGUGGCCUUAUUUGGACAAGGCCAUAUGUAGGACUGCCAAGACCAUUGCUAAACCAAUCAUUGAGGAGCAAAUUCCGAAGUAUAAAAUCGACUCUGUAGAAUUUGAAACACUGACUCUUGGUUCUCUGCCACCAACUCUGCAAGGUAUGAAGGUUUAUCUUACUGAUGAAAAAGAGUUAAUCUUGGAGCCAUCAUUCAAAUGGGCAGGGAAUCCUAAUAUUACUUUACUUGUUAAAGCGUUUGGAUUAAAAGCAACUGCCCAGCUUGUAGAUUUUCAGAUCUUUGCAGCACCACGCAUUACCCUGAAACCUUUGGUCCCAAGCUUUCCAUGUUUCUGCAAAAUAAUCGUGUCACUUAUGGAUAAGCCACAUGUUGACUUUGGGUUGAAGAUUCUAGGUGCUGAUCUCAUGUCAAUUCCUGGGCUGUACAGGUUUAUCCAGGAGAUGAUUAAAGAUCAGGUUGGUAACAUGUAUCUGUGGCCUAAAACUCUGGAAGUGGAAAUUUUGGACCCCUCAAAAGCAAUGAAACGGCCCGUUGGUAUUCUUCAUGUGAAGAUUUGUGGAGCAACCCAACUGAAAAAGAAAGAUCUACUUGGAGCAUCUGACCCGUAUGUCAAACUCAAGCUCACAGAGUCAAAACUCCCUUCAAAGAAGACUACUGUGAAACAUAAAAAUUUAAACCCAGUAUGGGAUGAAGAGUUUAGCAUGGUUGUGAAAGACCCAGAAUCUCAAGAACUGGAGAUAUAUGUUUAUGAUUGGGAGAAGGUCGGGAAACACGAAAAGAUGGGCAUGAAUGUUGUCCCAGUCAAGGAUCUAACUCCUGAUGACAAAAGAACCAUGACACUUGAUCUCCUAAAGACCAUGGAUCCAAAUGAUCCUCAGAACAACAAGUCACGCGGGCAGGUCACAGUGGAACUAACAUACAAACCAUUCAAAGAGGAGGAAGGGCCAGAAGAUUCUUUGAAGUCUGGUAAAUUUGGUAAAAUUCCAGAAGGAACCCCACCAGGAGGUGGUGUUCUCUCCGUGUUAAUCCAUGGAGCAGAAGAUAUUGAGGGAAAGCACCAUACUCACCCAUACGUUCAGAUCAUUUUUAAAGGGGAGGAGAAAAAGACCAAGCAACUGAAGAAAAACACUGAUCCAAGAUGGGAGGAGGAGUUCACUUUUAUGUUGGAGAAGCCUCCUCUGGAUGAAAAGCUGCAUGUACAAGUUGUCAGUACUUCAAAGACUAGUAUUAUGCAUCAUAAGGAAAUGUUGGGUUAUGUUGAUAUCAACCUUUCGGAUGUGGUUAGCAACAGGAGGAUCAACGAGAAGUACCAUCUCAUUGAUUCAAGGAAUGGGAAGAUUCAAAUUGAGCUGACAUGGAAUUCUGCUUCCUAGUCCUCCUUUGCACCUAUCCUAUAUAAAUAACCUUGAACUUUGUAGCUGAAGAUGUCCCCUUUUUAAUUUCGGGUUUGAUAGCAGUCCUGUAACAUGUCUGUAUAUUAUUAUCAUCAUUAUUAUUAUAUAUCAUCAUUGUUCUAUUGUUGUUAUUUUGUUGAUAUUAUUAUUGUUGUUAGUGUUUUUGUUAUCACCCUCAUCAAGGGUGGAUAAGGUCUGUUGGGCCCGAAGAUUCUCCUUGAGAAUGGGCCGAUAAAUCAAAUUAUUUAAUCAGACGGACCAGCCCAAAUCAUAGUACCCGCACAUCAAUUAGCAAGUGAUCAAGUCAACAAAGCUAGGGAUCAGUCCAACAAGAGUGGGUAGCCUAACUGAAAGUCAAUUCAGUUGGAAAUGGAGACAAAAUAGCCGGACGGUUGCAAGUCUCGGAGAAGAAGAAAAUUAUCUAAUACAUAAAUUAGAUAGGGAUCCAUGUAAGUAUGUAACACAGGAUCAUUCUGUACUCACACACACGCAUUCAAAUUAUUCGAACUACUCCAUAUUAUUGAAUCAUUGUCAUUUCUUUAUUCUUGAUCAAUUCAUUAUCGAUUCAUAUUUCUUCGAUUCCCAUUUCAUUUAUGCUCUUAGAUUAGUUUAUUUUUAGCAUAAACAAGGUCUCCGGACGGCCGGACCGGAAUGGGACCGACCAGUUCUUGAUUCGAAAUAGAGAGUAAAAUAAGGUUCCAGAUUAAGACCGAGACAAGACUACGGGGUGAAGGGAUCACAUUUGAUUGGUAAAAUAAAUAGCAAGAAUAGGA